AUUUAUACGGUGGCAGCAUUCCUUAUUUUUCUGGCAUUCGCUUUCUGCCGUCCCGCUCAUCUUUUCUUCCUCUCCGUUCCUCCAUUUGCUGCUCGUCUGCCUCGGAAUGCGCAAUGGCAAAUCUUCCCAGCUGCAGCGGCAGGGCCCGGGCGUCGUCCUCCCGCUGCUGCUGCUGCUUCUCCUCGCCGGCGUCGCCAACGGCCAGCAGAACAAGCUGCCCCCGCUGCCCCCGGCGCCGCCAGCACCGCCGGAGCUGCGGGCCGCGGAGGCGCGGCUCACUGCCCUGACCAAUAACGUCACCUACACCAUCUCCGACCGCUUCAGCUUCUGCGUCGCUGACCCGGUGGAGGAUUGGAACAAGGCGUUCAACUACACAUCCAACCUCGGCUUCGUGGAUCGGUGCCUCUUGGAGACCGGAGGUGAUCUUCCACAGCGUCUAUGCACACCGGAGGAAGUGAAAUUCUACUUCUCAAGCCUGUAUGACAAAGACGGCGAGAAGAACCUGUUCCUGAAGACAAACAUAAACUGCAACCGAUCAUCUUGGGUGCAGGGGUGUGACCCAGGAUGGGCUUGCGCCAUUGAUCCAAACCCUGUCCCCAGCAAGAGUGACAACACCAAGAUUCCGCUGAGAACUCGCAACUGCCAGGCGUGUUGCGAGGGCUUCUUCUGCCCACGCGGUCUUACGUGCAUGCUUCCUUGUCCGCUAGGUUCAUACUGUCCGCGUGCCAGAGCGAACAGCACCACUGGUCUUUGCGAUCCAUACAAGUAUCAGAUAACUCCAAACUCGACAUUUGGUUGCGGUGGUGCUGACAUGUGGGCGGAUAUCAGGAGCACUGAAGAUGUCUUCUGUCCAGCUGGUUCCUACUGUCCAGCCACAACUGAAAAAAAUAAUUGUAGCAGUGGGCACUUUUGCAGACUGGGUUCCACCAGCCAAGAGAAAUGCAUAAUAAAGGGCUCCUGUCACGCGAACCAAGAUCAUGAAAACAGAUACGUUCUGGGUGCUUGCUUAGUGGGUGCAUUAUGCGUGUCGCUUCUGAUCAUAUACAACUGCUCAGGUCAGUUCCUCUCUAUCCGUGAACGGAGGAAGGCAAGAUCAAGGGAGAACGCCAUUCAGCUAGCUCGGCAGCAGCUGAAGGCGCACGAGGGCUGGAAGGCAGCAAAACAGUUUGCAAGGAGGCAUGUGAAUGGCAUGCAGGGUCAUCUUUCACGCACAUUUUCACGGAGGAGGUCCUUUCGUCAGCAGCCAGACCCAGAAAAUUCUAGCCAUAGAGUGCAGGAAGCACCACUGAUGGGUCAGGUUAAGGCUCAGGAACUGUCUGACUCUGCUGUGUUUGCAGCGGAGAGCACAAAUGAGAUAACUGAAGUAAUGCCUUCGGUUGUUGUCGAUGUAAGUGAUGGAGAAAUUGUUGCCACAAAAGAAAAGCCUGCGCCAAAAGGCAAGCACAGAUCAACCCGGACACAGGUAUUCAAGUAUGCAUAUGGCGAGAUCGAGAAGGAGAAGUUCCGGCAGCAGGAGAACAAGGACCUAACCUUCUCUGGGGUAAUCGCCAUGGUGAAGGAUCAGCAGAAGGAGAUAACCAGGCCUCUGCUCAAGGUUGAGUUCAGGGACCUGACUUUGACACUUGGAAAGAAGAAGCUGCUGAGGUCUAUCACAGGCGAACUCCGGCCUGGUCAUGUCACUGCCGUCAUGGGCCCCUCAGGGGCCGGCAAGACCACAUUCCUCAAUGCCGUCACCGGGAAGGUGAGUGGCUACAAGAUGACGGGUUCGGUCCUUGUUAAUGGGAAGCAGGGUAAUAUCCGUUCUUACAAGAAAAUUAUUGGUUUUGUGCCACAAGAUGACAUUGUUCAUGGGAACUUAACAGUGGAGGAGAACCUUUGGUUCAGUGCAAAGUGCAGGCUCUCCGCGAAAAUGAAGCACCGUGACAAAGUUCUCAUAGUGGAGAGGGUAAUAGAUUCUUUGGACCUUCAGGGAAUCAGAAAUUCAUUGGUUGGGACGGUUGAGAAGCGUGGGAUUUCUGGUGGGCAGAGGAAGCGUGUUAAUGUUGGUAUUGAGAUGGUCAUGGAGCCAUCCCUUCUAAUCCUGGAUGAACCAACUUCUGGCCUGGACAGCUCCUCAUCACAACUGCUCCUCAGAGCUCUUCGGCAUGAGGCACUCGAAGGUGUCAAUGUUUGUGCUGUUGUUCAUCAACCGAGCUAUACGUUGUACAACAUGUUCGAUGAUUUGAUACUCCUGGCAAAAGGAGGGCUAAUAGUUUACAAUGGUCCAGUCAAGACCAUUGAGGAGUACUUCACAACUCUCGGAAUCCACGUUCCUGACCGUGUAAACCCACCAGACCACUACAUUGACAUUCUGGAAGGCAUUGUGAAACCUGAAUCAGGCAUCAAUGCGAAGCAUCUACCAGUACACUGGAUGCUUUACAAUGGCUAUGAAGUACCAAGUGACAUGCAAGAUGAUCUCAAGGCAAUUGGUGAACAAAACCCACAAAUCAGGUCCAGCCCUUCAAUGUCUGGUUCAACCCCUCACUGCCUCCCCCUCAGAAACACUUUCGCAGAAGAGCGUAACCGUCUCGAACACCAUUUGUCAAAACCAAAGGAUUUGUCUAGCAGAAGAACACCAGGGAUCAUUAGUCAGUACAAAUAUUACUUGGGAAGGGUCACAAAACAGCGGCUGCGUGAAGCUAGGCUACUCGCGGUUGAUUUCCUGAUACUAGGCCUGGCUGGUGUCUGCAUUGGGACCAUAGCGAAGCUCAGUGACAAAUCAUUCGGGAUGCCUGGCUACAUAUACACUAUAAUUGCAGUUUCUCUUUUGGGCAAGAUUGCAGCAUUGAGAUCGUUUUCUCUCGAACGACUGCAGUACUUUCGGGAAAGAGAAUCUGGGAUGAGCUCACUGGCGUACUUUCUUGCCAGGGAUACAAUCGAUCAUUUCAGCACUGUUGUGAAGCCGAUCAUUUACCUCUCCAUGUUCUACUACUUCAACAACCCCAGAUCAUCAAUUGCUAAUAACUACGUUGUACUACUCGCACUUGUGUACUGUGUGACGGGGAUAGGAUACACAUUUGCCAUCUGCUUCAGUCCUGGUUCGGCACAGCUGUGUUCUGCACUUACACCGGUUGUUCUGACCUUGUUAUCCACUCAAAAUAGUACUCCAACGUUCCUGAAGAGACUGUGCUACUCCAAAUGGGCAUUGGAGGGCUUCAUAAUUGGAAAUGCCAAGAUGUAUCCUGGAGUUUGGCUAAUUACUCGCUGCGCCCUGUUGUUCACCAGUGGUUUCAAUAUUCACAACUACAAGUUCUGUAUUUUGAUUCUGUUUCUGUAUGGUCUAUUCUUCAGGAUGAUUGCAUUCGCGGCCAUGAUACUACUGAAGAAGAGAUGAACAUAGUCCAAUUAUACUAUUUUUUUUCAUAUUUAAUUUCUUCAUUCAUUUGUACAUUUGUAAAUUAGUUCUGAUGAAACAUUUAGAAUACUGACUGGCAUACAGAUCAGAAAUUUUUGGCAUCA